CUUUGCUAUCACGAAGUGUUUGCUGUAACUGCAUUAUCCACUAUGCCUCCUCAGACCAACGAGGGGAAUCCUCUUAACAAACAGCCUUGUAACUUCGAAUGCGAUGCGAACAGUAAACACUUCUUUGCCAGUCCUGCAGAAAGCAUUCGAUCUUGUCGGUUUCCCUUGACAUCGUCCUUGUUUGAAGGCUCGAAUGGAAAGAUUCAAGACUUCGCUGUGACAUUGGGGAGCCUGGUCACCCGCUCGGAUGCACUUGUUUCUAAGACUGAGGCUAUUGACAAUCAUUACUCGCCUGUGACUGACGCCUGUCUCGUUUCCUUGCGGUCACGAAUGCCUCUCGUCCUCCACCAAGCCAGGCUUUUUGUUGCUAGCCUGUACCAUUGUGACGAUGAUUCUACGAAAACUAUUUAUAGGCUCCGAUCGGCGAUUGCACUACGUCGGGCUGAGCAAUAUCUCGACAUGAUUGAGUCCGCUGUGGAAAACCCACCCCGCGACGCUCUCGACAAGCAACUUCACAGGAUUUUGAACUCCGAUCGUUUGCAGACACUCCACAGAGAAAUGGCGACCGAAUUCUCGUUUCGGAUCUCUCCCUGGGUAUCCUCUUUUCUAGCGUUCGACCUUCCAGCAGGUCCCACUGCUCUCGCAAAAGUGGAGAAACCUUUUCCUUUAGCGGUGAAAGUCGAACCUAUGUUUGAGUUCAACUCGCGCGAGCUUUUGAGCGGCCGGACAGAAACUAUUAAAGUUCGAGCUUGUAAUGUUGCCAUUGAAACAUGCAAGCACCGGGCUAGAGAAUUCUCGGCGCGUGCCGGAGCUGUGGGCGACUGUAUUUUGCAGGUGCGGCUCAUUCCCACAGAUGUCGCCGAGAUUGAAGCAGGGCUCCGGGUAUGGGGUCACGAAGCUGAUGUACCCAAUCUUUGUAUCCGUGAAGUUCGAGCUGUGCAGCUCAAUGCUUACCCACCAAAGCCAAAAACCAACGUUGACAUUUACACAUCAUAUUACUACGGCGACGCAAGCGUCACCGUCACCAUGAUUAUGAAGACAUUCUCUACACCUAACGACGAGACUCCUGAUCUUCACGUCGAGCUUUUCUUGACCUUUUCGGAAGACUCGUGAAAGAGCUACUCUCUUACAAGAACGUGAAUACUGCACAUACAUUUUGCUCUCAUGAUCAAAACAAUUCAUUUUUACUUGUCGUGGCACAAAUUGG